AUGGGAGGGGCGCCAAAGAGAAAGUCGGACAGGUCGCUGUCAAAAUCCGAAGGACAGAAGUCGAAAAAGGUGAAGGAAAGCCACUUUCGCUGUUAAAUUGCUUUCAGAGUAAGCAUAAAACCGUUUUGAAGUCACCCAGAAGCGAGCCGUCGAUGAAUCGGAAAAGUAGCUCGAAAAAACUUCAGAGAGGUUUUCAAAGGUACAAAAAAAACCUUAAUUAUUUUCAGGACUUACUCCCCCUGAAGACACGCCAGUAUUGAAAGAAGAGCCGGAUAAAGAGCCUGUAUUUCCUUCUUAUUUUUCAUUUUCGCAAUAGUUCCAUUCAGAAGUCGAGCGAUAGGAACAAAAAUACGUUCAAAGAUAAUUACAAAGGAAAGGCACAGGAAAAUGAAGAAAAAUCGCGUCCAGAUGUCGAAAAUAAGCCUGAAGGCGUCGGUGAGAAAGCGAAUCCGCGACUCUCUGUGAUGAAAAGCUUCAGAGAAGAGUCCGGGGACGGGCGUCGAAGGAGCCUUCAAGCCGGAGCAGACGCCUUUCUUGAUGGAGCAGCGGCAGAAGACGGCGAUCCGUGGCGAGGCCCUCAAGAGAAUUCCGACCAUAACUCUGAUCUUCCUGGCUCUGGAACUGGUCUGAAUAGAAAGUUGGACUUAGAAAAAGGUUCUGCAGGCCAUUUGCCUAGUGACGUUGACGGUGUGGAGCGCCUUAGGCGACAAUCCGCCGAUGCCUUUGGUCCUCGCCAUCGUGAAUCUCCUCAUCACUUUUCUCAUCAUCACAUUUGUCUUUUUUGUUGAGGUUUGUCAUCAUCUCUACGUUUCAUUUAGUCUGCCCAAAAAACCUUGUUGAAGUUUUUUCAAGAAAAGAAGCCUUCCGUGAUUUAAACUAAGAAGAUUCGCCCAGAUUCGCCCAGGCACAUAAAAAACAAUUAAAACAUUGUCAAAAAAGUGAAAAUAUCAAAUAAAAGAAAAAAAUGGAAAGCGCGACCGAAAUUCGCAAAGGCAAGGCGCUUCGCGACAGCGCGCACUAAUACCACAAGAACAUCGGAGUUUCGUUCCAUGAAAUUUCAAGUCGUGGCACAUCGACUAUAUAAUUUAAAUUAUAACGCUCUUUCAAAAAAUGACCCGUUUUUUUUUAAAAUUUUAACGACUAGAAAUACUGAAACACAAAGCAGGUUUGCCGAAUGCAAGUGAAGGAGACGGGAACCGACGUGAACGCUCGUUAUAUAGUGCCGUAUGUUUGGAAGCUUGCGGUAAACCCUGCAGCCGACUUGGAACGACUUUCGGCUUAAGCUCUGCUCGGCCCACAUGUGUCGGACGAUACUCGUUUGUGCCAACUUGACGAUUGUCGCCUUCGACAACGACUUUGACCCAGGUAUCUUUUCCUUUUUCUUCAAAUCCUAUGUUUCCAGGAUCAAUAACUAUGCUUGCUGUGCAGCCGGUGAUGCUACUCAUGUCGGUCUUCCAUCUGGUCCUGGCCAUCCGACCGAGACGAGACCGGUGA